GCUCUACACAGCCUACACAGCACUACACAGCUCUUUGUGAAUAUUUGUGGACUGUGCAUAUUUUUUCGUUGCAUUGAUAUAUACGAUUAAUAACAAUUAAUAACAAUGCCUGCAACAAACAACGAAGACGAUCCAUACGUACACGUUGCGAAGGGUACCCUAAAAUUAAAAAACGACCAGAUAAUGAGCAAAAAGAAAAAGGAUAAGAAUGGAAAAAAGAAGAAGCUAGUGGAAGUGUCAAAGAUCAUUGAGGAAGAAAAACCUCAAAAAGUAGAAGUGAAGCGGACGAAAGCGGAGCUAGCUUUCCAAAAAAUGCAAGAGAAAAUGCAAACCGAAAGGAUUAAGCAGAAAGCCUCCAAGACACAUAAACAACGAGUGGAGGAAUUUAAUCGACACCUGGAUAGCUUAACUGAACACUUCGACAUACCUAAAGUGAGCUGGACGAAAUAAACUGCAAUGUUACUUAAGAAAUUUAUGUAUAUUGUAAUGUAUAUAUAAUAUAAACAAUAGUCUUAGUUUCAGUUAAAAAUA